GCUCGCUACUGGAGUUUCCUCGGCCUGCUAUGUGUGACGUCACGCGAGAGCGCCACGGUCUGUACAGUUGUCUAAGAAUAAAAACUUUAAACCGAUAGAAUAUCUGUACUCUAUGUCGCCCCGCCCCCUCGCCAGCAAAGAGUGAAGAGCGCAAAGACAAAGCAUAUACAAAGUGAGUUCUCUGCGGAUGUCUGAGAGCAGCGGUGAGCAGGAGUAAGGUUAGGUUAGACCAGUGCUGGGUGAAGCAUGGUGGAGCAAGGAUGGUGUGGCUAAGGUGUAGUGUUUGAAAAAUAAUUUUUGUUAGUUCCUGGAACGCUAGACUGUUCUCGUCCCAGUUGAUAUAACAUCUCUUUACCUCGUGUUCUACGCUGUGCGUUCUUUCUGUUCCUCGAUGUUUUCUUUCUGUUUCGUUCGACCCGAAGCAUAACGUUCCAUAAGAUAGUGUGAUUAUUUGUAAGCAAAAUGUCGAGGCCGGAACAUCGAGCCCCUCCAGAAUUGUUUUAUAAUGAAGAAGAAGCAGGAAAAUACACAUCAAACUCUCGGAUGAUUGACAUUCAGGUGCAAAUGUCAGAAAGAGCUGUGGAAUUAUUGGCCCUUCCUCAAGAUGAACCGUGUUUGUUACUAGAUUUAGGAUGUGGUUCUGGACUGAGUGGAAGUGUUUUAGAAGAUCAAGGGCAUACUUGGAUUGGAAUGGAUAUAUCUCAAGCAAUGCUUAAUGUUGCUCUUGAACGAGAAGUGGAAGGAGAUCUUCUUUUAAGUGAUUUGGGUCAAGGAGUGCCCUUCAGGGCUGGAACAUUUGAUGGUGCUAUUAGUGUCAGUGCCUUACAAUGGCUCUGCAAUGCAGACAAGAAAAGUCAUAACCCAAUAAAACGCUUGUAUAAGUUCUUCAGCAUGCUUUUUGCCUCUUUGACUCGUACUGCAAGAGCUGUCUUGCAGUUCUAUCCUGAAAAUAGCGAACAAGCAGAGUUAAUCACAGCUCAGGCAAUGAAAGCUGGGUUCUUUGGAGGAAUGGUAGUAGAUUAUCCCAACAGUACAAGAGCCAAAAAGUUCUUUUUGGUUUUAAUGACCGGUACUUGUAUUCAGCUUCCUCAGGCAUUGGGUGAAGAAAGUGAAAGGACUUCAGUGAUUUACACACACAAAAGAGAACAAUUGAAAAAGAUGCGUGGCAAACCACUGAAGAAGAGUAGAGAUUGGAUUUUGGAGAAGAAAGAAAGGAGACGGAAACAAGGAAAGGAAACUAAACCAGAUUCUAAAUAUACUGGUCGGAAGCGAUCUGGUCGAUUUUGAAGUUUUGACAAUAAAUCUAUUAUAUACAGUUUGUGACUUUUUGUUGUUGUUGUUGUUGUUGUAGUAGAACAGUCAUAAGUUAUCUUAUUUAGGAAAUGGGAGAGUUCCUUAUUUUUGGGUUACAAUAAAUUAUUUUAUACAAGUUUUUACCAGUUAGAAUUGAGUAUUUGCAAUACAGAUACAUAACUGUGGAGUCUUACAAAAUUUGUAAUACAUCACUUGUAUUCUGCCUUUAAAUAUUGUUGCAACCAGUGCCCUAUUUAGUCUUGUCGGUAAUAACAAUGUAGUGGAGCAAUUAAUUGAGCAAUUUUGUAGCUGUCAUGAAACGAAAACUUGUUAUUCUCUGGUGACACCAACGAGGCACUGUUCCACCACUGAAUUGAAGGAGCAUGUCACUUCCACCGUCACUGUUUCAUGGGCCAUUUGCCAUAACAUUUCCACAAAAUAUAUUCUUGCAAAUAAAGAUGUCACAACUGAAUGGCUGACCUGAAACUAAAGUACCCUUACUUACCAGUAGCCAGCAGAAAAGUAAUGAAAUGAGUUUUCAUUUUUGUGCAUUUAGUGAAACUUACACUUAUUGAAAUUAAGUAACGAGGUAUUUAAUACCUGCUGGUCUCUGAAACUCUGUUUCUCAGAUCACAUGUUUUAUAAAGCAAAACCUGCAUUAGUUCGGUAUUUUUAGAUUCAAAGCGCUCUAAAAUCAAAGUUGGUAUGGACCCCUAUUUUGGCUUGUGUGGAGUGUUAAUUGUUAAGUUCAAAAUUACUACACAAUGAAUUUGGCAUAAAUUGUUACGUAUUCCUCUUAAGAUACAAGUCAGCCAAUUGUUCAUUGCCAACCGCUUCAAAUGUGUUAAUUAUGAAAUAUUUCAUAUUUUAAAUGAGCGACACAAAAUAUUUUUUUGCAUUGGUAAGACAUAAAUUUAAAUUUUAUUAAAUUGCAUACCAUUUCUGAAUCCUGCAUGCAAAUUUCUCUUUGGAGAUAUGUAAAUGAAACUAGGUUGGAUCAGUAGACAUUCGUAAGAUGAAAUGGAUAGUUGAGUUUGGUAAGGUUCUGUGGUUCCCUUGUGUCCUAAUUCAUCUCUUCAAGCGAUUCCCCAAGGAAACUCGAGGUGGCUCAGAGCGAAGUCCCAAGAAGGUCGGGUUCGAUUCCCAGAAAAUCCCAUGUAAAAAUUGUUUCAAACAAGAGUUUGCCUACUUUACAUGGGCUAGUCCAACCCCUGUGAAAUGUCCUAAUCAUUACACCUUUCCUUAAUCCUUUCUAAUUCUGGCCACUAGGUAGUGACACAGGAGCGUGUGUGGGAGGCACCUACACGGAAAUGCCACCUGGUGAUCGUCUGGGCUACGAUGUACUAAUGAGAACUAAGUAACGGAGGAUUACUCCAUUAACAUGGUAGUGAAGGAUUACUCCAAGAGUGCUCAACACCCCGCAAGGGUUAAGGGGCAUGUUGCUUGGUGAUGAAGAUGCUACAAAUACCUGAUGUGACAGUGAAACCAAAUUAUAGGGAUUAUUAAUGUGUUUUGAUUGCUCUUCCACAUAAUACCAUGUACUUCCAUACAUGCCAAUUACUACCUACUAAUUUUUGAGUGCCUGCCCUUAAAUUAAUUGGCCUUAUGAAUGGCGUGUACACUGCAGCAAUGAAUUGUUGCAACACCUCUACAUCAGCAUUAAUAUUUCUUGUUUUUGCAUAAUUAGGAUGAACAAAGAUAUGCUACCUUUGCUAAAUGAGUGAAAAUACUGUGUAAAGAUUGACAAAUUAUCAAAUAACUACUGCUUGGCUUUAGGCACCAUGUAAUAAAUGAAAACAGCAUAACAAAAUUAAUAAAACUUUUAGUGUGUAGGUGCACUUUUAAUAAAAUGACUUCAGAUAUUUCUGA